AUGCUAUCUCUCACCACUUUCCUCGGCAUUUUACAUCUCUUCAUUUCCACCAUCUCUGCGACAGCCCUCACCUACAAGAUCGGAGCGAAUGAGAAAGCCUGCUUCUUCUCCUCUGUCGACAAGCCUGAUUCAAAGAUUGCAUUCUACUUUGCAGUACAAUCCGGAGGCUCGUUCGACAUUGACUAUACAGUGACCAACCCUCAAGGCCGAGAUGUUCUAGCAGGCCAGAAGGAGAGGCAGGGUGACUAUGUGUUCACCGCCAAAGAGACUGGCGAGUACAAAUUCUGUUUUUCAAACGAAAUGAGUUCUUUCGCGGAAAAGAUGGUAGAUUUUGAGAUAUCGGUCGAAGACGAAGUAAAACACGCACAAAUCCCCACGAAAAGUGGCGCAGACAACGCAAAAACGCAAGAGCUGGAAGACUCAAUCUUCAAGGUUAGUGGCCAACUGAGCACGAUCAGCAGGAUGCAGAAAUACUUUAGAACAAGAGAAAACAGAAAUUUCAGUACUGUGAAGAGCACUGAGCAGAGGAUAUUCAAUUUCUCGUUGAUAGAGGUUUUGAUGAUGGUGGCUAUGGCUGCGCUACAGGUCUUUGUCGUCAGGUUCUUCUUCCAAGGUGCCAGGAAAGGUUACGUCUAG